UAUUACCAAAGAAACCAUCUACAUAAGUUCAUUUAGUUUUUAAUGUUAUUAUAGACACGUGAAACUCUUCUGUACAUUUAUUUUUCUUAAAUUCUAAAUGUAGAUCUUGAAAUUUAGAUAUACAUAUAUAUAUAUAUAAUAUCUAUAUGUGUAUAUAUCUUAUACAUAUAUACCAAACUAUAUAGAAGUGAACAAAUUCAAUGCUUAGUGGUAUAAAAGAAGUAUACAAUUUGUAGUAACUAAAUUAUAUUUGAUGAAAAUGGCGUGGUGAAAGUUACUCUUCACGUUUUACCAAAGGCUUAGCAAGAAUGGAAGCUAGUUCAAAUUCAGGAAAUUUAUGGCAUAAAAGUAAAACAGAGGAACAGCAAACUGAUUUAUUUAAUGGUGAAUCAACGACCGGAUCUGUAGAAGCUAAUUCUACAUCUUUAGCUGAUAUAUUUGAUACAGCAUUUUCAUCUACAGUUGAUCCAUCUCCGCAAUCUCGUUUUACUUCUGGAAAUGAGAUGGAUUAUGAACAUUUAUUUGCAGAAAGUGACAUCGAAGAAUCAGAGGUAGCACCUACAGAAUCAUACAAUGAUACAACGCAUAUUAAUUCACAAAAUGACUUUAUGUUUGGACCUUAUAUUACUUCCCCUAAUACAAAUGAUAAUUCCAAUGAUUAUUGGCAAACUGAUACUUUAAAUUGUGAUAUGUGCCAAAACAGACAAGAAAGAACUCUUAAAAAAGAAUCUGUUACGCUGCAAUUAAAUAAUACAAGAGAAGAUAGACAUAAAAGAGUUUUACAUGAUCAUGAUGAGCCUACAAAACAUAAGAAAAAUAAGAGUGACGAGCAAAAGCAUAAAAAUGAUCAACAAGUAGAUAACUUUAAUAUAGCUGGACCAUCUAGAAUAUUAGAUUGUUACAAUUCUAACAGUUCCAUACCACCGCAAGAUCGUCUUAGUGGCGCUCUUAAUGAAGCCAUUCAACAGAUUGUUGGAAAUAGAAAUGCCAAUGAGUCAAAUAAUUUGUGUUAUCCUAAUUUAUCUACUGUAAUAAAUUCUCAAGAGGCACAUACUGGAAAUACUGCUCAUUCAUCAAGAAUCGAUGAUGCACCAUCAGCGCCGGAUUUACAAUUAGACUGGUCAUCUAGUAGUGAUAGUGACGAGGAAGAUGGAUCUAUAGAAGUUCUUGGAACAGUAAAUCACAAUGAAAGUUCUGUACAAAAUGAUAGCGAAGAAAAUCGUACAGUCACUCUUGUUGAUUUAACUGCAGAAUCUGAUGAAGAAGCACCAUCUACAUCUACGUCAUUUAAUAACCCAAUAAAUUCAGGAUUAGACGAGCACACUCAAAGAAUGUAUCACCAUGGAUUUAUGCAUUAUCGUCAUCGAACCCCAUCGAUGCAUUCAAGAUUUAAUAUACUGGGAGAUACAACAACAGGCACUACAUCUUCUCGUAUGCAUCCUGUACAAGAAAGAUUAUGGAUGAAUCAACAACGCGUACAAGAAGUUCACAGAAGAAGACUUUAUCCAAGAUCUUCUUCGUAUCAUACCAAUCCUGUGCCACCGAGUGCGCAUAUGAACCAAGCCACAACGCACGCAUGUGCUUAUGAAAAUUAUUAUGCUUAUCCUCAUAUCCAUCAAAAUAAUCAAUGCGAAGAAAAUGAUGCUGCUCCAUUUGUUGAAAAUUAUAUCUCAACUUCUCUUCUACCUCCACGAUUACCAUCUAGACUCUUACCAUCACCACAACAACCCACUGUUUACAGUCAUCCAGAAGCAAGAGGAGCACCAACUUUUGCUCCGGCUUGUACACCAGCUAUGAUGGUGAAUCAUUUAAAUGAAGUUAAUGAAGUGGAACCUUCUCCGGAAUUAAUGACAUCGAUACCAGUUCAUCAACAUCAUGUUCAUCAUCAUAUGUAUCAUUAUAGUACACAUCCACAACAAAUGCCUCCUCGUAUGCAUCAUCUUCAUAUAAUGCCUUCGCGUUUGCAUCAUCUUCAUAUUAGUUUCUCUCCAAAUGUGGCCACAUCUAUAACACGUGGAAAUACGUUACCACCUACGACAGGCUUACCAGAUUUAAUACUACAUCAACCAAGACACAUGCCUGCACGACUUGAAGAUUAUAUGCGAAUUGUUGAUCUACGGCGUAUGGGUCACAUGAAUUAUGGUGCCACGCAAGAAUCUAUUGAAAGUCAUACAUUCCCACAUAAAUACAAACGGGUGAAAAAAGUCGAAAACAGUGAAGAUGCUGUUGAAAAAUGUACAAUAUGCUUAUCAGAAUUUGAAGAUUGUGAAAGUGUGAGGAGGCUUCCAUGUUUGCAUUUAUUCCACAUAGAUUGUGUCGACCAAUGGUUGUGCACCAACAAACGUUGUCCUAUUUGCCGAGUAGAUAUUGAAACAUUUUUGCAGAAGGAAAUUUUUGUGUAGCUUUUGAUUAAUAAGUUCCAUCUGUCAUAUUUCACAUAUAUACAUAUAUUU